AUGCAUGGGUCACACAAAGUUCAGCUGAAGGACAACUGUCACUCUGGACUGUCACCAAGAACAGAGAAUGAAGAUGAUAGCCCUGCAGCAGCUGGAGCUGUUUCUACCACCACCACUUCUUCAGCUGGACCUUCGACAGCUUUGGCUGGCAUGCUGACCACAUCUACUGCAUCCAGUACACCAGCAGCACCCACCACCAUCCAAGGACCAGUUAGGCCAAGGAGGCCACAACAGCAAACUUCCCUGAGCAGUUUUGUAACAAGACCAAUGGAUCCAUUAAGACAAAGCAAACUUGAUGAGGCUCUGGUGAGAAUGAUUGCUUGUGACUUUCAGCCAUUUUCUAUAGUGGAGGACAAGGGCUUUAAGGAAUAUUCACAUCUUCUGGACCCAUCAUACAGUCUACCUAGCAGAAAAACAUUGUCAAAAACUGUAAUGCCUAGGCUGUAUGACAAGUUAAGAGGUAAUUUAAUGGACAAAAUCAAGAGUGCCUCUGCUGUUUGUCUCACAACAGACUGCUGGACCUCUUUGACUACAGAAAGUUACAUGACUGUGACAUGCCAUUUCAUAGAGGACUUUCAGAUUACCUCCUAUCUUCUGGACUGCUUUGUUUUGACGGAGAGACACACUGCUGCUCACCUGGCAAGUGAGCUGACAAGAGUUACAAAUGAAUGGGGUGUGGGUGACAAAAUUGUAGCUUGUGUUACAGACAAUGCCAGCAACAUUGUUUCAGCCCCGAAAGACCAUCUCCACUGGGACCACAUACCUUGUUUCGCACAUAUGCUGAACCUCAUUGUCAGAGCUGCAUUGAAGGAGGUCCAAGCAAUAUUGCAAAAGGUCAAGACAAUAGUUGAAUACUUCCAUAGAAGUACAGUUGCUUCAGACAAGCUCAAGGCCACACAAAAACAGAUGGGUCAAGAGACAUUGCGGUUAAAACAGGAUGUGGCCACAAGGUGGAAUUCAACAUAUUACAUGUUGAAAAGAUUUACUGAAAUCAAAGAUCCAAUCAUCUCCACCCUGGCACUUACUAAUGCAUCUGUGCCAACCUUGUCGCCAGAGGAAUGGAACAUUUACAGAGAAAUUUUGGACAUUAUUAAGCCAUUUGAGGAGGUCACCACUGAACUGAGUGCAGGAAACUCUGACCAUGUUAAGAAACUAGUGGAUUCCCUGAUGUUGGAAAUGACAAAGAGGUUUGGCAAAGUAGAACACAUUCAGAAGCUUGCUGAUGCUACUUGCCUGGACCCAAGGUUCAAAAAGCAAGCUUUUGUCAAUCAGCAGGCAGCAGAAGAGACAGUAAAGAGGGUUACAGCAGCUGCAGCAGCUAUGAACGCUGUUCCGAGUGAGGAAGAGAAUACUUCAGAUAGAUCUUCUGAAGGUGGCACUGGUGCAACUGCCAGUGCAGGGGCCAUGUUUUGGGAAGACUUUGACGAGAGGGUAGCAAGCUUGAGGCCUUCUGCUACCACUUCUAAGACGUCAGAUGCUAUGAUGGAGAUGCGGGCCUACCUUGCAGAGCCCCUCUUAUCCCGCACAUCAGACCCCCUGGCCUGGUGGAGGAGCUGUUCACCAGUAUACAAAACCCUUUCUGAGGUCAUGAAGGCAAGACUUUGCAUUGUGGCCACAUCUGUUCCAUCUGAAAGAUUUUUUUCUAAAACUGGGCAGAUUAUCUCGGAAAGAAGAAACAGACUCAGCCCAUCCAAGGUCCGGGAGCUUGUAUUUUUGAAUGCAAACAUGGCUUAA